AUGUGGUCUGAUAAUCAAACAACGUUCAAGAAAGCAAACAAAGAUAUAACUUGGUUGUUUGAAACAAAAUUUGUCUCACGUAUGGAAGAAGAUUUACUCGUCACGCCUUCAAAGAAAGAUGGCUACAAAAGGAAUGAAAUGGAAAUUCAUUACAGAACGAAGUCCACAUCGUGGCUAGGAACGUCUGCGGAAGAUCCUUGGCAAAGCCCUUCUUACCUACACCGAAAUUUACACGAUCUUGACCGAUAUUGAAGCAGUUAUUAAUUCAAGACCGCUCACGUCUGUUGGCAACAACAUAGAUGAUGGUCAGAUUAUUACCCCCGCACAUUUGGCACUGGGAAGGAGUUUAAAAGAAAUACUAGACGUCCCAAAGGAAAUGACUGAUAAAGCACAACUACCUCUCGCUUUCUAUACCGUCAAAACGUGUUAAAUCGAUUUUGGACCGAACGCUGGCUUGCGGAGUAUCUACCAAAGUUAGCUGUUCGACAAAAGUGGUGGUCCGAGAAGUCACCCAUUAAAGAAGGUGAUGUCGUGUUGAUCUCUGAAGACAACGUUAAGAGAGGGAAACUGGCCGCUUGGACUGGUAGAAAAAGUCCACAAGGAUCCGAUAAUCUUAUUCGUACAGUUACAUUGAAGACGAAGUCUGGAAUUAGAAUAACACCAGUGCAAAAACUUUAUUUAUUGGAAGAAGCUCAAACGAAGGAACCCGCAACCGUUGAAGAAACAACAUCGCAGUCAGAGCCUUCUCAAAGUUCGACCAAUGACGCAAAACGGGAAGAUUUUUGUUUGGUAAACCACGAAGAUGUAGGACAGGCAAGUCGUAGAUGGUAUUGA